AUGAUGGCGGACUCCCCGCAACUUUUCUCGCAAUUCUUCCGGCAAAACGGCUGCCCGCAGAAAGAGCUCGAGGUUUGUGGCAGAAUCUUUCGCCACGAUAGCAGCGGACCUACAUUCCUUUCUUUCUUCGUCGACGUGGAUGAUCCUGCGCAACCGGACAGAAAACCGUUCGUUUUUGCCACAGGUCCAGAUGGCUGUCAUAAGCUGCUUUCGGAGUAUGGAAGAAGCAGGGUUCACGAAUUCUUGGUGCACUUGGGUUGCGAAUCCUCUUGGGUUGACCAUGCCUUGGAGAAGGACAAUCGUCGUUUCUCAAUGAUCGUGCUGCCGGCCGCAGGGGAAAGUGAUAGGAGGAGAACUGGGGAGACACGGGAGGCAGCAAUGCCCGUUGGUGUUCGCGCUACUUGGGAUGGACUGCUUCAAUGUGCUGCCACCAUUCCCGGCCUCAAAGAGUAUGUCAAAAGAUAUGAAGAGGAGUGUAAACGGACAGACAUGUCCAGUGAUUUCUUGAAGCGUGAAGAGUUCUUGCGCAAAUACCAGUCAGUCAAACGUGUUGACUCCUGCGACAUUAUCCAAGAUCCAGAGAUUUUCCUGACGCCACGUCGCUUUCUGAAUAACACUGAGCACACCUUCGUGGACUUUCGCAUCCUGUUGUGGACCUGGUUUGGGGCCAGUCACCUCUUCACGGGCGAUGGUUACACCCAAAAUGAGAAGGGUGAGAAAGGCAGCUCCGAAUUCCUCAUCCCCAAUCUGUCUGUGAGAGAGCUACAGGAAAAGGGUGCGAUCUUGCUUCCGCUAAAGGUCUUGCUGUCGAACGGGAGGGACCCUGAUGCUAUUUCCUGCUUCCAGUACCUCCAUGCUUGUGCGGAGAAGCCUUGUGGUGGGUGCUGGCUAGGCUGA